GAUGAAUAAUUUUACCUCGGACGGAAUUAAUCGAGUCAAGUUUGAGGCCGAUGAAUGGAAAUUAUAAUAAUUUCUUGAGCUUGAGGUUUGAGGCUCACAAGUGAAUAAUACGCGCGAUCGGCCGCGGGAUCACACCGACGUACUUAGUGCAAUUACGUUCCGACGUGUUGGGCGUGAAACUCGGCGAUCAAUAUUAAAGUCAUGUUUUUCCGCGGCUUGUCGAUUGACAUGCGCGUGCAGGUAGUGAUUAUUAUCGACUCCGAUAUCUCAGCUGAGACGAUUACCGAUCGGCGAGUCAUGGACGUUUUCCGAAGCCGAGUCAUUACGCGGCGGUUUCGCAAUGCGUAAUUUGCUGUGCGUUUUUCGAUUGCCACGCGGCCACACGCGCGCGAGCUCGCGACUUUUUUUCACUCCUACGUUAGCCCGGCGUCUCCACUUCGGGGCGGCUCGUUUAACGAGCCUUAUCAUACAGCGAGCGGCCGCUAUCAGCCGCGAUCGAGCCAUAUUCGUAAUUAAAGCCGCGAAGGCGGUCGUACGUACAGCACGCGGUCAAGCUUUACGUUCUCCUGAACCGGCCGAUAAGUAUCGCGCGACGUCACGAAGUUCGCUUAAUAGAGUCUAAAUUAGUGAGCGUAACAGCCGAGAAAGAGAGAGAGAGAGAGAGAGAGAGAGAAACAAGAAGACGAGAGACGGGACCAUUGUGCAUCUCGCCGAACGGUGCGUAUAAAUUCCGCGUUUAUCCUCCCGCCGACCUGUGAAUGAAUUGCCGCGUAAAGUACAAGCGGCCGUGUUAAGAUUUUACGCCGGCCGACAGUAUUAUGAGCUUAACGUUAUCAUACUUUAGCGGGUGCUCUCCGCCGAAACCAUGUCAUACCGGUGCAGCGCGCGGCGAACGACUGAACAAAUUUCGCGUCGUACCGCGGCACGCUGUAUUUGGGAGAAUUAAGAGCGGCCCGUGUCUCAAAGACACGUCGAGAUCCUGAUGUUCCUGCACCUCGUCGCCGCGCUCUCCGAUCGGGAAAUCUCGCUCGUGCGAGAGCGACUGCUCGCGAGGAAUCGUCAUAUUAUCCUCGGAUGCUACGUAACUCUGUGCGACAUGUGCAGACGCGUCGAUGAUAAUCUAGCGAUAAUCCGACGAAGCAACGCUGGCUGAAGUCAGAGAUGUAACGGACGCGUCGCGCUUACAUUACGGUAAUCGAUGGUAAACGGCAAGAGCGUGGCUUGAGCACGGGGAAAGACGGGAAAGCGGGGCUUGACGAGAAAGACGGCGAGCAAAAAGCGUAGGGAGGUGGAGGAGAGGCAAGCAGGUGUGAGAAGGGGCAUGAAAAACACAGAUACAGGCACGAGCCGAGGUGAUUCAAUAGGUGGUAGCCAACAGCGAAGAACGGGGGACGAGUGCAGCCGAGGACAUCGUAGGGGCGGCGUAAGGUGCGAGAGCGCGCGGACGGAGACUUCCAACUUCGGCGGUCCACUUUCCGCUGCCGGAUGUCGCGCCGACAGCAGAGGACGGAAGGGCGACCGUGGAAGGGCCGAGCGAUUACAUUAGUCCCCGCUUGCACUUCUAUACUUCUAUACGCGGGAGUAAAUAACACGUGUUAAGAAUCCAUCGCGAGAGAGGGCAAGAGCGCCGGAGAGCGGAAGAGUGUGAAACUUCAAGCGGAAGGGAGCGGCACAGUUUUCCAGGGCUGUUCGCUCUCGACAAUACGGACGAUAAAGGAGAGACGCCGUCCGCCAGCCGUGCCAUCUUGUUGUCUCCGCUCCGACGUUUCCGAGGUACCGCCAUUAGGUACCAUUCUGUCAUGACACAAGUACUAUGGAAUCAACCAGCGCGGUGUACCAACGCAGUGUUCCCUUAUAUCUGACGAGCGACUUUCGUUUCGGCGAUCACUUCGGCUAAUAUAUAUAUAUAUAUAUAUAUAUCAAUUGAACGAGCUGCUUAACGGCCGCAUCGAAGAUUCGGUUUUUGUCUGGGGUAUCGAGCAUCGAUAAAUUGCUCGAGGAUAAAGAUAACGGUGUGUAGAACAAAUAAUCGGCCAAUCGGCCGUUCACAUCGCCGCAUCUCCGACAACACACACACACACUCACACACACUCACACUCACACACACACACACACACAUCACACCCAUCGGCGAGCUCGAACUCGAAGCGUCAGGUCGAACGCCUCACGGUAACGCCGAGUUCACCCGCUGGGCAGCCUGGCGUUUGACGUUUGACCGUUCGUCGCGCGGGAUCCAGACUUGCGCUCAGAGUCGUCGAGGAGCGAGGAACGUGAGAGACCGAGUGGAAGGGUGAGGAGACGAAGUGAAGUGAGAGGGUGUUCUCGUGGAGUGCCAGAGUGAGCACGAUAGCACCUCUGGUGCCCUCGGCCGUGGGUCCCGAGGGGACGGACGCCAUGGCGGCCUCUUCAUCGUCGAGCGGCGAGCAGCAGUACUCACUCAGGUGGAACGACUUCCAUUCGAGUAUUCUGAGCACAUUCCGGAAUCUGAGGGACGAAGAAGACUUCGUCGACGUCACGCUUGCCUGCGACAGUAGUAGCUUCACCGCGCACAAGGUCGUUCUGUCGGCAUGCAGCCCAUACUUCCGGAGAUUGCUCAAGGCGAAUCCAUGUCAACAUCCGAUCGUGAUUCUGAGGGACGUGGCGUCGUCCGACAUGGAGUCGAUACUGCGCUUCAUGUAUCACGGAGAGGUGCACGUGGGUCAGGAGCGGCUGCCUACCUUCCUGCAAACAGCGCAGAUGCUCCAGGUCCGAGGACUGGCGGAUGUCAACAGCGGCGCGGCCACCGCGAAAAUUCCGCCGCUGCCGUCGUCGGCCGGCAACAACGGUAGCGCACCUGCGACACCCCGUAAUCCUUGGCAGGACACCGCUAGAGAUCUCAACGAGGACGGCAUGAGCCCGACGCCAAACAAGAGAGCUAGGAGCUACAGUCCGACGAUGGCCAACCAUGUCGAACAUAAAUCGGAUCUUCAAGAAUCCUUGCUCGGUCAAGCUCUCGAAGGCGGUCCCACAAUACACACGGCACCUAGUAACAACGUACAGGCGCAAUCGACCGGCGACGACUCGAACUCCAUAUCCGACAACGAGGAGGACGUGUCGAACAACGACAGCAUUCUCAACUCCGUAAAAACCGAGCCAAGUGAUAUUCUAAACGACGCUAUGGAACACCAUCGUACCAACUUCCCCACGGCGCUGCUGAAUCUCCAAGGACUGAUACCAGGCCCAUCUGGGAUUCACGCGGCCGCUCAGGACUCGAACUACGCGUGUCAACGACGAGGUUUGGAACUGAUGCGAGUGCGCGCCACUGACCCCCGGCCAUGUCCCAAAUGCGGCAAAAUCUAUCGUUCGGCACACACGUUGCGAACACAUCUGGAGGACAAGCACACUGUCUGUCCCGGUUACCGUUGCGUACUCUGCGGAACGGUAGCCAAGUCCAGGAACUCUUUGCAUUCUCACAUGUCGAGACAACAUCGUGGUAUCAGCACAAAGGACCUACCAGUUUUGCCCAUGCCUAGCCCCUUCGAUCCCGAACUGGCUUCCCGAUUGCUGGCGAAGGCUGGAGUUAGAGUAAGCCCCGCCGAGUUAAAAGCACGGGCAAGUCCAACCGGGCCUCGAAGGGGCGACAUAAGACUGGAGCUGCCUCGAGGGGGCGCUUCUUCCGAAGCCGGCAGCAGCGUUUGCGGAGGGGACGACCCGGAGGACCUCACUCUACCUCCCAAUCUUAGGUACGGCUCGCCGACACCCAACAACAACACCGUCAUCACUAAGGUAAGCGGCAGCGGCAACAGCAGGAACACCACCACGACGACGGCGAUCGCCGCCAAGAGUCUCGACACCAUGCACGGUAAUCGCGAGGCCAACAUGGCACCGCUACCCCCGCCCGGCUUCCCGGGCCACAACCCCAGCGCGACUGGCUCUGCGAUCUUGGACACAUACCUGCAGUUCAUCGCGGAGAACUCUGCUGGUAUCGCGUCCAUGGCGCUCAGCCCAGAGCAAGCAGCGGCCGCUGUAGCCGCCCACGCUGCUAAGAUGGCACAGAUGACCGCCAUGGACAAGCUCGGCGAACGCAUGUUGGAGGACUACCCGAUGAUCGGACGGGACGAAGGUAGGGGAUCCGGGGUUGUGCACGAGGACCGACAGGAUUUGCUGCAAGGUAGGAACAGUGCGCUAGCUGAGGGUGAGUCGUCGGGCGGGGAGGAGGACGAGUUCAGCGACAACGACGAGGCGGAAAUGGUAAUCAAGACCAAAUAGAUGGCACCAGAGUGUUCCGAGUGGGACCCCGCGGCGGAAGAGAGUCGAGCAGCCGAUGCUGCUCGCUAUAUGAUGCCGUAUGCGAGCAUCGGCGCGCCGUGCGAGCUCGUUGCUGAAGAACAGGAAACGCGCGGCGCGCCUGGAAUCCAUCCAUUUGCGAGGUCGAGCGACAUUUCAGUUACUACAUCUCGUGAUGUCGCGAACCCGAUAGAUAGCGCGGAUGAUGAUUACGAGAGUAUGGUAACUCUCGAGUAAGCUCAUACGCCACGUCAGGCUUGAGGAACAUCCGAGCCGUGUAUACGCCUGUGUAUACUACAGGGUCUCCUGUGAUCGAGAAGUGAUGCUUUUUCUCUUGGAUCACUGUCACCGUGUCUCCCACCCACCGUGACUUCCACGGGACGUGUCGGCUUCGUUAGAAAGAACAAGCUGACUUGGAUUGCGAGAACAAGGAGCUUCCACACAUGGCGUCCGCGUGUCAGCGCGGACACACGAUUAUAUCAUUCUUUUGCUUCUUGUCUCAUCAUCCCUUGCAGGAGAUCCUACAUAUAUGUACAGGACACACACACACACACACAUAUAUAUAUAUAUAUAUACACACACAUACAUAUAUACAUACAUAUACAUCCAGUCGGACACAUGUCAGGUAAUGACACAUGUACACGUCACAAAAAGAUUCCAUCCAUCUACCUCAGUACACACGAUAAGUGAUAGAGCAGGUCAAUAUGAAUCUCAGAAAACGAAGUAGAGAAAGGAAGUAGAAAACGAAGUACGCCGCUGGAUCGCAGACUAUUCAUUUCGGAGCAUUGAACCGUCUACCGUGCAAUGCAGCUUAUAUUACAGAGAUCGCGUAAGCGACGACGUCGAUCGAUCGAUAACGAUCUUUACUUUUUCUUUUAUUUACGGAAAGUUUAAGCGGCUGACAAACGACGAGUUGCAUGAUAUAGGCAUCGUUCAUGAUUUUAUUAAUACUAUAUUCACUAU